AUGGAACACAGCCAACGGCACAGUAGAGACGCUACAACCGAUAACCGAAUCAAAACACCUGAAAGUAACCGCAACCAUGAUUGUUGCAGUGACUCCCAGCCCGGGGACCAGGAAGAGGAUGGUGUAUCAACAGUGGAUGGGGGCUCCACACUCGAGGAUGGCGGGUCCACCAUAGAGGACAGUGUGUGUCCCACAGACGAGGGGGUACUCACGCUGGAUGAGGCAAGGCGAGUCAUCAAGGAGCUGAGGGACCGACACCGCGCACAGUCUCACCAACUGCUUGCUUGGAAGCGACGAGUCAAAGCUCAGGAGGACUUGCUAGCACGUUUGGCCAGAGAGCGCAGUGAGCAGUUGAGGAACUUGUCGUCACAGCUACUGCUGUUCGAGUCUCGUCUGUGUCGCAAACAGCAUGACAUCAGCAUCUUACUGGCACAGAGAGAUGCUGUCAUCGUGCGUCAGCAGCGUACCAUCAAGCAGCUGCAGAGUCGACUGAGCGAUGCGGGCCUGGACUGCGCAGAGGAGACCAACCUGGAUUCCCUCAACGAUAGCGACAGUGCAGUCAUCAUGGAGGAUGACGAUUUCCGGCAGGGCAGUUCAGAAGGAGUGACGGUCAUACGGAGUGUAUCCGAUGCCCUGGAGACCCCGAUCAGUUGUAAAUAUUCGUCUAUGAGGCGGAGUAACGGCUUCCUGAGGCGGCCUGAGGUCCUGGAGACUGUCUACAGUGUGGAGGAGGAUGGUGAUUCGGACCAGCCACAGUCAUCAAAUCAGUUCGAUUCCGGUAUCGAAGAACCACCCAAUAACAAUUGGAAAACACACAAAGGAAGACUGAAGGAUCUUUACGGUAGCUUCGAACGGUUAGAUCAAGAUCAACAACCGGAACCUCAAAACCACGUAACGACUUACAAUCGAGUGAUGAGCAACCAUCGGUCAGUAACGAAGCCCAAAGAUGUAAAAUACAAGAGGAUCAAUAAAGCGAAAUCUAAAUCCUUGGAGGAACUGAGGGGAAGACUGAAAAACUGGGUGGAGAAAGGCAACAAAAUAGCGAUAUCUUUGGAUCAGUCGUUUAACUGAAAUAACUGUUACUUAAUGUAUGAGUACAAUGCAUAUCAUGUCCAUUUGUGGUCUGUGACACAUUCCUCUUCUGUAUGGAUACAUACAUUGCGUAGAUUGUGCUUUCAUCUAUCACUCCCUACAGCUUAAUGUGAAUGUAUGUAUUCAUCUUCCAAAUAAACUACUUCUUUUAUAUAAAAUAAACUGAACUAAACUGAUUUAAGGCUUACUAUCUUGAUAUGCUUAAAAAAACUUUCUGUAAAUAGAGUUUCUAAAAUUAGCACUGUUACCUGCUGAUGUUCUUUAUGUUGUUUGAUAAUGAAUAUAGAAUGUAUCAAAUUAUUUAUAAUCAAAUUUAUUUUUUGUAGAUAUUUUAUAACUCAAGGUUAUAAUUUAAAUGCAUCCAAACUGUAUAGGCAUAGGGAUUAAAGAUUAAAUUGUUUAGUAAAAAGUAUUUUUAUAGAGAAUUCUUAUCUAAAGUAACAAGCUAUUAUAAUCAUUAGAAGAUUUAACAUUUCUCUUUCUCCAUUAUUACUUAUCAAAGACAUCAUCAGUAUUCGUAUUUUACUUUUUAUGUUCAGUACUAUUAUUAAUUACUAAGUUUCUGAAUAAUAAACCAAAUAACUCUAAAUUUUUAUUAAAAGUUUAAUGUUUGAAACUAAUGAUGGAAAAUCUAGAACAUUUUUAGGACCUAUUGUAUAAUUUUUACAAGUAAUAACAACAUGUUAUAUUUACUUUUACUAUAAAAAGUAUUUCCAGAGAAUAGAAUAAAAUUACCAUCAAUCACCUUUGGCCUCAAUUUCUUGGCCUUUCCUUCACUUACAGUCCUACUCAUGUAAUUAAUUGGAAGUAAAUUCAUUACAAUUGUUUUCCAUGUAGACGUUACAGCAUACUAUUUUAAUACUGUAAACUCAGUAUUAUGUCAAAUAUUACUUCAAAAAAUAAUUAUUACACUCCAUUAUUAUAGCAAUACGCUCCACAAAAGAGUUCUCUUUUACAUAUACAUCUGGUAUAAUUUCUGAAAUAUAUUUACACUUCUUUACAUUAACAUGAAAUAUGUAACAUGUUUAAGGAUAAUGGAUGUAGCUUUAUAAACUGCACUGCAUUGUCUUCUAUACUUAGAUCUCUGUAGAUUUAGAACUUUAAAAACUACGAAAAUCGAUGGAAUCUAGUUCCUUUUUAUUAGUUUAAUACAAGUGCUAUUUUGUAUAUAAUCGCUAUAUUAGUUAUAAAUUGUAAAUUAUAUUUUACCAAUGUAAACUUACAUAGUAAGUAAUGUGAUUUAUUUCUGUAUGUAAAAAAGCAUUGUGGUAUGACUGUGUAUUUAAUGAUGUACAAUAAAGACGAUUGAGGUUUUUUA